UGCCUGGUGGCAUAUUAUUAGAAUCUACCUUGCUUUGGCCUAAAUUCAAUUUUCCCUGUCAAGCUUACAUCAUUGGUAUUUUUAUUUCCUUUUCUUCCAUGUCACAAAGGGCUAAAAGGAAGCGCAGAAUACAGUAAAAGCCAUAUUUCCCACUUGGCGUUGGUUUCUUGGAAGCCAGAACUACUCCAAGCAGUUUAGCGACUGCAUUGGCCUUCUGUGUCUUUACUGUAGUCGUAGCUGAGCUGAGGAGUUUAUUGCCUUGUUCGUAAUCGUGGGAGCAAAAGUAGUAUACGACGCACCCCCACUUCAAACGACCCAAUCAUUAGCCUCUGAUUUAAUUUCUGGGCAAAUUUCCGACAUGGAAAGCCUCGGCCCUCCGAUGGCCACUCUCAGAGCAAAAUCGAAGCAGGCGUCGCUGCUAUGGCUGGAAGGUCUCCGAGAAGCCUGCUGUCUUCACCGUGUCGUAAUCUACUGUCUUAGGUCGAGGGAGCUUACGAUCCGUACUGGCCAGUGUUUUCUCUUAAAUGGCUUCAUCUUUCUAGGAAGUAUAUUGACACUAAAAGCAGUGAUAAUCCCAGUGCUGCAAUGGAUACUACCCAAUCAGUGCCCAGACAAACAUUCUCUUGAAUCAUGCCCAUUUGGGGGUACUUUGAGAUUUUAUUCCUUCUUACGCCUAGGACUUGUACAGCUCUUCUAUGUAUUCUGGUUCUACCCCCUGUAUAUACUAAGUUAUAUUCUUAGCACCCUAUGGUAUAAUGACAUUGCUAAGUAUGGAUUUUUUGCCAUCACGAACUAUGGCCAUGCUGGCGAAGAAUCACACAAUGAACUGCAGUCACCAACUCCGCAGAAUAGGAGUCAUGCUGAUAAACCAAUGGACCUCGAGGGGAUUUUGAUUGGCAUAGCUGAACAGGUCUACUCAGUACUCCUAUUAAGUUUCUUCUUCUUCCAGGUUUAUGUUACUGGAUUUGUUCCGUAUAUUGGAAAGGCAAUAAAUUUUUUGCUUCUUUCUUGGAUGUAUGCUUACUAUUGUUUUGACUACAAAUGGAAUCUUUCGGGAUUGAGUCUGGACAAGAGGCUGGACUUUUUUGAAUCAAACUGGGCAUUUUUUGCUGGUUUUGGAUGCCCUUGUAUUCUAGCUAUAUUCUUUUUCUCUCCUCUGGUUAGCUACGGAGUUAUGGCUAUACUCUACCCACUUUUUGUUCUCACUGCCACAGGCUCAGAAGCUGACAAAAUUAUUGCUCUUCCAAGAAGACAAUGGGAAGGUUUUGGAUUGGGAAGGCUUCCAAUAUUUUUUGCUGCUGAUUACGCGUCAGAUUUUACAGUUCGAACUUCAAAUAAAGCUGCAAUAUGUGAUAGGUUGCGAGUCCUGUCUUUCUUCCAGUGCAGGUCUAGUCAGAUAAUGAGGCCUUUGCUGAAGUCGCGGAAUUUAUGAGAUGUGUGACAAAUAGAUUGGCAACUUAAAUGUUUGAAGCUACCCACGGCUCAGCCUGAACAAUGCCCAAAAGGUUAAUAAUGAGGCCCCAGAAUUCCUUCUUGAAGCAGUGAAAUGGAUAUAAUAUACAGAUGGUCAAGGGUGAGAUGAAGGCAGACUGACUGCAGGGUAAUAAUCAAUAAUAUGUUGGUAAGGAAGUGCUUCUCUAUAUGGACAUCACAUCUGUAGAGUCUUCACAGUGCACUUCUUCUCUUGCUAUUUCGUUUUCAGCAAUUGUACGUACAUGUCUUAAGUCAGAAACAGUAGUUUUAAAAGCUUAAAUUAGGGUGGUGUUGUAUAAUGUACUACGACUUCUAAACCUCCCCAUUUGCCUUUUUAUAAAGACGGGCUUAUCUUAUCAAUUGGGCCUUCUUU